AUGUUGAGUAGAUUUCUGGGCUGGAUCCCCUUGUUGUUUGAGCCAUUAUCCGACUGGUACAUUCCUCCAAUCCAACCUCAAGCCCGUUUACGGCCCGAGAAUCGACCAUGGCACACAAUCAUCCAUGGUGUAUAUGGCCAUCCACCCGAGAUCAAUAUUCAUGAUCGAUCCGGGGAAGUGAGCUGGAGUUUCCGUCGGGAAGACGUCACCCAGGAUCUACCGACAGGUCUGAAACGAUGUCUGUAUGCGAGCGCCAAUGACGCAACGGAGAUCAAGUACAUGCGCAACGGGAGCAGUGUCGCUGCCGUAUAUAGCGAUCUUGCUCUAGUCAUCAACCACACGCCAGAAGAUCCUGUAAAUGAUAAGAAAAUCACAUGGGCUAUCUGUCGCGAUAAUGAGUUCCUUUGGAACGCUCAUACCCUAGAACCCUUACCUAAUGAUUUGAUCGCGGUCGGCACCACAGGCCAGCGACCCUGGGAUGGUAUCAUGGUGUAUAAUGCUAGCAUGGAGAAUCCGCUCAUGGAUGACGCUCCCAUAUUGCAGAAUAUCACGGGUUUGCGCGCGAUUCAUGCGAUGAUCUGGGAUGAGCAGGCACAGAUGUUGUGGGCAACAGGUACUGAUGCCGCGGCUGAUGGAUCAGAUCCGGUUCCGGCCCAUGGUACCAUUCAGGGAUAUCCAUUUGAUGCGACGACGGGUAAACUGAGCGUGGAUGAGCGGUAUAUCUAUAAACUGCCCAACGCGUAUGACAUCGACACUGAAUGGGGUAAAGGGUAUUCAUGGUGGGCAGGCCCCCAUGACCUUGUCCCAGUGCCGAACCAGCGGAAGUUUUUGCUCUCGGAGGAUCGAGGACUGCAUGCCUUUGAUAUUGAGAAGGGGGAAUUCUAUGCUGAGUAUGAAGAUGUCAUCGAUGAGUUUAUGCAGGGCUUUGAGGUCACGACGAAUGAUCGUCAUGGUUAUAAUCGUACUGGUCAGUAUGAAGAGCUGCCGCAGUCGGAUUUGAAGAGCUUCAACCUCGCGCCGUAUGGAAGCUUUAUAUAUGUACAGUCUCUCUGGACCAAGUUCCGUGGGUUCCAUAUCAGUCUUGUAACGAAUGGGAGACGACGCAUGAUUAGCUUGGGAGAUGAGAUCUAUCGUGCUCGUUAG